AUGUCGCUCAAGCAAAAGAACAGCCCUAGGACCUUUGGCCAAAUUGCCGAUUGGAAACGUCAAAAGGUCCAGGAUCACAAGUUUGACUUUAUUGACGUGGAUGACUACGUCGACAACUCUCUCUGGCGCAAGUUCAAGUACUCGCUCGUCUUUGCGGUGGUCAUCAAGGGCAUCCUUAUUUACUGUGCCGAUUUAUGGACGGCGGUGAACUUGCUUGUCUCGGGAACAUGGUCAAACAACCUCGGCGUUGAACACAACCAAAUUUCAUUUAAAAACAUCAAUAUUUCAUUCGAGAUUUACAAAUGGGUCUUUGCCGCAUGUAUCAUCCUCUCCUUUAUCCUCCUGGCCUGGGACAUGAAGAAGGCCGUCGCCAUCAUCCACAGCCGCGACAUUUCCUAUGCCUUUACUUCCAUGAUCGCCUAUCGCUACUAUGCCAUCAAGUCCUAUGCCCAUUUCUGUCUCUUUGAACAGAUCCAUAAUUCGAAGAAGCAGAUCGAUGAGAUUGCCUUCUUUUGUUUCUUUACCUUCCGAGGAUGGAAGAGACUAAUGUUUGCCGAUGGACCAAGGCAGGUCAUCAACGGAGUCAUCCUCAUCACAGUCGCCAACAAGAACAGGGACAAGGACGGAAACCUCAAUCCAGAGAUCUGGUCCUAUGGCUUCGGUCUCAUGCCUACUAUUACCAUGGGCCUCAUGACGUUCACUUUGACACUCUGGGUCAUCUCCGUGCUUAUGAUGCUCUCGGCUGUGAUUUUAUAUAUCCCUCUCGUCAUUCAUAUCCAGGGCAACUUGAAGGAGUUUUGCUGCCACAAGAUCGACAAACGAAUUGACGAGAUUGUGAAGAAAAAGGCAAAAGCACGCGCGGCAGAGGCAAUCAUCAACGCCAAAACCGGCAAGGGUGGCGAAACACCCCUCCAGCAACCAACCCUCCCCAAUAUUGCCUUCAUCGAAGAAGGCCGUGGACGCGCAUCUCCCACACCUCCUCCUGCCACUCUCUCCAAACCCAGAGUUGGAACUCCUUCUCCUGCACCUUCGCCUUAUAUGAACCCUGCCUCGACUACUUCUUCUCCAGCCAUUCCUUGGAAGAAGUCACCCGUCGCGGCUGCCAAUGACCCUUAUCGCCACCACCAACAACAACACGCACAGCACCCGCCACGAUCUUUUUCACCGGCACCUGGGGCCAGGUCGUAUACCCCCAACCCAGAAGACGACGCUGAUAGCAAACCAUUGAAGCAAGAUAACUACCAACAAGCAUACCACAACAGGAACCUCCAACGUCAACACGACCCUCGGUUCGACAACUCCGAUACCCGGAGUGAAGUCGGUAGUGUUGCCUCGUCGCAGUACCCGCAACAGCAGCCAAACCCCCAGUUCUAUAAUGGGCACAGGAAGCAAGGGUCGGAUGCUAGUACUGUCAUGAGCGGGUCGAACCGGGGAAGUGUCGUUAACGGUGGUGGUGGAUAUAAUCAUUAUGGUCAGCAGCGGCCGCAAGUGGAGGAGGAUACCCGGGUCAAGGACGUACUACUGGCCUAG